AUGAGAAUUCCCAUAAAGAUUUAUGUUGAAAUGAAAAAAUAAAAUCUAUUAUUAGUUCAGUGUAAUUGAUUUCAUAGGCUGAAUCAAACUUCAUUUAACAUAUUGACUAGGAAUAAAUUGAAGAAUCAAACAGUUAAAUUGAUUAGUUCAGGUUCAAAUCAUUCAGGAAUUGUAACAUAUGAUGAUCAACUUUUUAUUUGUGGUUCUGCAUUACACGGUUUGCAAUUCAAAUUAAAAAAAUAAUUUAGGUAAACUUGGUGUUGAAGAUGCAAAUCAACCAUCUUAUCCAAAAUUCUUACUUGUUUAGGCUAUGAAAGGCUUAUUUGUGACUUAAGUGGCAACAGGAGAUUAUCAUACUUUAUGUUUAUUAGACAAUUGAUAAGUAUAUGCUUGGGGUGGCACUCUACAUAAAAAGUUAGGAUCUAAAGCAGGUAAACCAGCAAGAAUAGAAACAUUAAAAAAAACUAUUGUUUAAAUAGGCUGUGGAGAUUUUCAUAGUGCUGCAUUGAGUGCUAAUGGAGAUCUUUUUACUUGGGGAGGAGGAGGAAGAGAUUAUAAUAGAGGUCAAUUGGGUCAUGGACAUUUAAAUGAUGUGGAAACUCACUAAGUCGUUAAAGAUAAUAUCGUCAAAUUCAGUUGCGGUGGUUAUCAUAUGAUGGCAUUGGAUAAGGAUGAUGAAUUUUAGUCUUGGGGUUCUGGAAUGUAUGGAGAAACUGGCUAAGAAAUUCUAAGAUAGCUUAUUACCAAAAAAAGUUAAAAUUCAUUUCAAUCAAAAACAUAUUAUUAUUGAUGAUCUUUAUGUGUAGAAUAAAUAAGGUAUUAUAAAUUUUGAAUAUAGAAUCAACUAUAAAGGAAAUUAGUCUAGGAGGACAUCAUAGUUUAUUAUUAUCAAAUAAAGGUAUUGUUUAUGCUUGUGGAUAUGCAUAACAUGGAUAAUUAGGUCAAGAAUCAAUUUCUUGGAAUAAAGAAGAAUUAAAUAAUUAUUUGCAGGAGGAAAUCAUUCUUGGGCAUUAAUUGAUUAUAAUCAACCCAGAAUUGAUGAUUAUUCUCCUCCUUCUCCUCUAAACGAAGAAGCUAAAAUAGAGAACAUUACUUAACCUCUUGAUCAAGGCAUAUAGGAUUUAGAAAUAGUUAUUACUGAAGUUAAAAUGCAUCAUAGAUUUGUCAAAAUUUAAGUGCCAGCAUAAUUUUAAACUACUAAUUAGGCUAAGAUUAAUGAUUACUUAAAUUUUAUGCAAAAAGAUCCAAAUACAAAAUUAAGUAAAAUUUAGAAUGAUGCUCUUGCUUUAGGAGUAAAAGAAGAAAAUAAUAAGUAUAUAUAUUUUUAUAGAUUUAGAUUAUCAUUUACUAUUAUGAUGGUAAUGGAUCUAUCAUCAUAGAAAAUGCCAUUUGAGGAUAUGGAUGAAGGCAAAGUGAAUCAAAUUGGUAAACAAUUUCUUGUAAAAAGAAGUACUUUCAAUAAAAAUUCUAUAUAUGAUUGGAUUAUAUAGGCUGAAAAGAUAAUGAACAUUCCAGGAAUUUCAAUUAAAUUCUUGGAACUCAGACCAUUAUAAUGA